AGGCGUAAUACGGAGGCACAUACCCGCCCAAGUCUCACUCUCACACACACACACAAACCCUUUUUGACUCCUCGAAUCUUCAGCCUAGGGUUCUUCUUCUUCUUCAACCGCCAUGGAGGGCUUCUCUUCUCAGCCGUCCGAUUCCAAUCAAACGGCUUCCGGCGCUUCCAUUUCCCUCCAAAACCUCCCCUCCCGCGGCCUCUUCUCCGCCCCCGUUCUCUCUUUGAAUCCGGGUAGGAUGCGAGUUUGUGUCUGUGAGUACGAGACAUCACUCCCAGAGGAUGAACAUAUAAAAACAAACCAACAAAACAUAUUGAUUAGAUCACUUAAGCUUAAGAAACAGAAGGAGAAGGGAGAUUCCAGUUCAAAGGAUGUGAAGGGUGCAGGUGCAGCUGAAGGCUCAAGAAAGAGGGUUGCUGAAAGAGUUUUGGACCGGGCGCCAGCUAAGAAAGCCUCUAUGCAACCUCGUCAAGAGGAAUCAAGCAGUCAAGCAUCUAGUAGGGACUUCCAGGGAUUAACUGUAGAGAGGCUCCGUGCCCUUUUGAAGGCUAAAGGUCUUUCUGUAAAGGGAAAGAAGGAGGAAUUGAUUGCACGGCUGAGGAGUUCAAGUGGUUGAGCAUAGUCAAUAGUUCAGAUGGUGGGGUAACAAGUCUGCUCUGUAUGUGUUUGUGUACUCUAGGGGAGGAAAAGUAAUUACAGUUCGGAUUUAUGUAACUUAGGAAUGAUGUAAGCUGGAAUUAUGGAAUAUGGAUAACUGAAAAUGGCAGUGAUGGAAAAUGGAAGUUACCUUGGGAGAUUGUGGCUCGACUUCCUGCCCUUUCAACUUCGUUUUUGAGCACCCAGUAUUGUUAGACCUUAAUGCAGAAGAUGAAGAUCAAUAUUAUUCUUGGGUUUGGUACUGUUGUAGGA